AUGCCGGCCUCGAAGACGGUGUCGACGAGCGCCGCGGAGACGGAGCUAGGCACGCACGCCUUCUGGGUUAGCCGAUGGGCUAACAUAUCUACAACAAAAAACCACCCUGAUUGCAUCGCAAUUUCGCUCAUGCUCUUGAACCCUGUUGCCGCGGGGGUACCGGCGUCCUUCGAGCUGAGGUUGGUCAACCAGAGCACUGGGUUGCCCUUCACGGUGCACAAGGAGGCACCGAAGGUGUUCGAUGAUGAUGAUAAUAACAUGGUAGCUAUUUGCUGGAUAAAAAGGAGCCUGUUAGAAUCGCCAACAUACCUCCAGAAUGAUCGCCUCACAGUCGAGUGCAUUGUCACUGUUAUCAAAGAACCACAGGUACCUAAACCCAAAUCAUUUCCCAGAAUCGAAGUGCCACCGUCCAACAUGGCUGAGCAUUUUGGUAGUCUGCUGGAAACAGAUUUGGGAGCGGAUGUCACAUUCAGUGUGGGAGCUAAGACUUUCAAGGCACACAAGAUUGUCCUUGCCACACGGUCACCUGUGUUCAAAGCUGAGCUCUACGGGCCUAUGAAAGAGGAAGGAAUGGGGCCUAUAACCAUUAAAGAUGUGCAACCAGAUGUUUUCAGGGCCUUGCUGCAUUUCAUCUAUACCGACUCUUUGCCUCCCUUGGAUGAUCUUGAGGCAGAUGAUCAUAGUGAAAUGAUCCGUCACUUGGUUGUGGCUGCAGAUCGAUAUGCCAUCGAGAGGCUAAAGCUCAUUUGCCAAAGCUUUCUUUGUGAAAAUCUUAAUGUGCAGACCGAGGCUUGCAUUGAAUUUAUCACCUGUUCAAAUGUGAUGGACGAUUUGCUGUCAACUCAAGGUUACAAGAAUCUGAAAAGAACCUGUCCUGCUGUUGUAAUGGAUGCACUUGAGAAGACAAGCAAGUUCCGUAAGGCAUGA